CCGUGUAACAAAAUUAGCAAUAAAAAGAUAUUAGGAAGGUGUUCGAUCUUGCAAUAAUAGUGCGAUAAAACCUACAGCGGGUGGGUGGUUUUAAUAAUAAAAAUAUAAAAAAAAUUACAUCCAUUGGGAGACGUAAUAUUUGUAUUCGGUACAGAUACACUGUAUUUCGUCACAUUCAAGGACGUACUAUAUAUUUUGUAAUUUCGCAGUUUAAUGUAGGCAAGCCGACUCAAUUUUUAUUUUCACGUACAAGCGGGUAGUUAGAAAUCCCUCACCGCAGCGGUCGCGCGCCGGGCCUGCGGGGGAGGCAGUUAGUCGGCAGCUUAUAGUUAGCAUCGGGAAACAAAGAAAGUUGGACGAAAAACUAAAACAUCGGACGUGUGUUUUUCAUAGCAUACAGUGUCGCUUAAGUUUAUGGUUCCGCCUUCGGUUCGACGUAGUCGCGAAUAUUGCACGUAUUCGGUAAAAGGUGCAUCGUUCGCAUCUGUGGGACAGCGUCGCUAGUGCCUUUAGACUAUAUGACAGUGACUUGACUGGAUUGACACGAACAGAGUGACCACGCAAUGCAGGCGGUGAACGAGGCAUCGAGUUGAACACGAUGUCACACGCCACAGAAAAGGAACAAGCUACUGAAGAAACAAACAUCAAUUCUUUUAACAUGAAAUUAACUAAUGUUCUUUGCACCACUGAAUCGAUUUCUGAUAAAUCGGAUUCCAAACCAAGUAUCCUACUUUCUUCUGAAUCUAAGUUAUCUUUACCUUCAAAUCUUGGGACUCCCACAUCUCCCUUACGAUUAUCAUCUCCAUUGUCAUUACCUAAUUCUCCCACGCCUUUUACAAAGACAUCGCUUCAAAGCAACGCGAAGACGGAUACAUCCCGAUUACCUUCGCCACAGCAGAAAUCUAACCUGCAAACUGCCAACAUGAAUAGUGGUUCCGCUACAGGAAAUCCGCGUAACAAAUGUGCUCUUCAACCCGGCCACAGUCUUAUGGAUUGGAUUCGACUCGGCAAUUCCGGUAAAGAUUUAACCGGUGUCGGCGGUCGGAUGAGACCGGUACAUCCAUCGGAACUUGCUACACAUAACACAAAAAAUGACGCCUGGCUAGCAAUACGCGGUAGGGUUUACAACAUUACACAUUACUUGCCAUAUCAUCCUGGAGGGCCUAAAGAAUUAAUGCGUGGAGCGGGAAUCGAUGCGACAGAGUUAUUUGACAAAGUACAUCCCUGGGUGAACUACGAUUCCCUCCUCGCUAAAUGUCUUAUCGGUCCUCUGCGCUUCGACAGACCCGAUGCUGAAGAUCUCUUCGAUAACAUCAGUUCAUCACCCAAAUCCGAACGUUUACGUGAGCCGUCCAAAGCUCAAGAACUUGUUAGAAAAUCUAUGGAGAAUUUAGCUAAUUGUAUAACGCCGGUUAGAAAAAAAAUAAGUAACAAAAGUGAUGAAAAUGUAAAAUCUAGUCCGCCGAGUAAGAUAAUGCAAAGUUUGAUACAUUCGAGUGAUUUACCUGUAACGAUUAGUCGGAGAGCGGCUUCCAGUCCAGUUAAAAGUGAGGCCAAAAGUAAUGAUGAUAGUCCGCCUGCUUUACGCUUCGACUGGAUACAGACGUCAACAAAGCUCACGAUUUCAGUAUAUACUGGAUAUUUAGCAAAUCCUGGCGCUUGUGCAAGACUAAUAGAUGGGGAACUACUUAUUGAAGUUGUAACUGACGAUUGGUUAAGAAGCAUUAAAAUAUUGCCGGAACAGGCACUAAGAGAACCUUUACAGUUGCGUGUUUUUGCUGAAAGUGGAAAGGUUGAAGUAAUCGCACAAAAAGCAGAAAUGGAGGUAUGGAAGAAUUGCGGAGAGACAAGCCUAAGUAAUGCUAUCAAAAUGACAGCUGCAAGGACGGUGGAGUGCAGAGUCGAGGGGAGCGGCGCUGUGUCACAUGAUACUGUACUUCUCGCACUGACGCCCCGAUCCGGCCCUGUCGUUAUACCUAUAGGGUUUCAUGUACGAAUACAUCAAACACUUGCGGGUUCUGAAUGUAUACGUUCAUAUACACCGGUGGGCGACAAAUGGGCCGCUGUCGACGUCACGGCGCCACUCAAACUUGCCAUAAAACGAUAUGAAUUGGGCGUAUUAUCUCCAAUGCUGACGUCCUUGAAGAUUGGCAGUUACAUCACCGUAUCUGGUCCUUAUGGCAAUUUUAAACUACAAAAGUUAAAAACAGUAAGAAAGAUAUUAUUGAUAGCAGCGGGUACUGGAAUCACUCCAAUGUUAGGUUUAUUAAAAUUUAUGCUGUCAAGAUCAAACCCGAGAUGCGAGCGAGUAACUUUGAUAUUCUUCAACAAAACUGAACGUGACAUUUUAUUUAGGGAGAAUUUUGAAGAAAUAAUGAAUCAAGAUGACAGGUUUACCGUGACCCACGUGUUAUCAAAUGCGAGCCCGACAUGGUCCGGCCGCAAGGGACGGAUAACUAAAGAGCUUUUAUCUGAAGCUUUCGACGAAUCAGCUUUUAUUUCCGAUGAUGAGCUUUCAAGUUACGCCUGCCUGUGCGGCCCGACAGAAUUCACGCACGCCGGUGUCGAUUUAUUGAAAAAACUCGGUAUAAAAGAAAAAUGUAUACAUGCCUUUAUAGGAUAAAGUUCCAAGUGAAAUGUAGUUAUAAUUGUGUCUAUUUUUCUUAAUAAAGUACUUAAUGUAAAUAUGCGGGUAAGGUUAAAUAGAUUUAUUGUGAUUUCGUCCCAAGAGUGAGAAAUAACUGCAUAUAUAAAUAUAAUAGUAAAGAAUAGUCUUCAUUAAAAAAUAGUUUACCAAAGAUAAAGAAAUAGGUCCCUUAU